UUUCCAGGACGCUGUGUGCUCACAGACAGUCGACGAGAGGCUCCUGAAUGUUCACAAUGUGAUCCAGCAGCUGCCCCCUCCUCAUUACCGGACCCUCCACUUCCUGAUGAGGCAUCUCGGUCGCUUGGCACAGCACAGCGCAGUUACCAACAUGCACAUCAAAAACCUGGCGAUAGUGUGGGCACCCAACCUCCUUCGCUCCAAGGAGAUUGAGUCGGUGGGAUUUACUGGGACCGACGCAUUCCAGGAAGUGCGGAUUCAGUCCAUCGUGGUCGAAUUCCUACUUCGGCACGUGGACAUCCUCUUCAGUGACACUUUCAGCUCUGCAGGGAAGGAGAGCUCUGGUAAGGGACAGACACCCUCCCAGGGCAACACCAGCACCGGGCACCGCACACAGCAGCAUCCUGUGCCUGUGUCACAG